UGACCUGCUUAAUUUUGCUACCCAAGAACGGAUCCAAGGGUGAAAUCGACAACGAUAAGAGAAGGGAAAAGAAACAAUAUGGGGGAAAUGGUAGCAUCAGCAGUUGUGCAGGAGGCUGUGAGUGGAGCCGUCUCCUUCGUGUUCAGCAGCCGUAUCGGAAAGGCAUCCCAGGAAGAACUCAUGGAGAGGCUGGAGAUGGCGCACAUAAAGCUGCAUGUUGGGCUCGAGAGGACCAGGAUGAUGCCCAUCACCAUCAUGCCGUUGCUUCGCCUGAGGAAGAAGUUGAAAGAUGUCUUCAAGGAGUGCGAUGAUCUGCUCAGCAAGGUGAGGGAUCAUCAGCAAGUGUUUGUCAAGGAAGCCGACAGGUUUGUCAGAGACGUGGAGUCUGGAUCUUCGCUUUCUCACUACAGGUUUCUCAGUUCUCCCAUCAGACAUCUUCUUGAAGGCAAGGGUCUCUACUAUGACAUGGUGCAAGGAAGCAAGGCUUUCUCACUUGGUAUAUCCACGGAUUCUGUGGAAGAGUAUGGUAGAGUCGCAUGGCUAUGUUUUCAUUACAAAGAUCGCAAGGCGCCACUUAAAACUUGUCGACUGGUGGUGGCUCUAAGACUAUAUGAAAGCACAAACAUAGUUGGAAUUACCGCAAAAUGUUUGCGGUCACUUGGGCCUCAAUUCAAGUCUUUGGUUGAAGAUGCAACUGGGGAACUCUCCCAUUUACCUACACAAGACGUUUCAUAUUUCGAUUCAGUAAUGUGGGAAUGCAUGGUUAAAUUGACUACAGAGUCGAUUCCAGACCCAUUUUGUUGCAUAGCUAAUGGGCUCAGCAAGCCUUGUGCCAGCAAUAUCAUCUCAUCUGAGUUAACCGGCAGAUUUCCACAAGAAGUUUUGUUCGUUGUAUUCAACUGUUGUUUUUCAGCUUUUGAGAACUGCUCGCGGAGCUCAACUGAUGAAGCGCGUAUAAACGCCAUAAAGGCCUGGUCACCUCUACAGAUGCAAGUUUUCUUCUACCCUCAUCUCUCGUUUAAAUUCCCGGACGGGAGUAGCUUACACCAAAAGGAGGAGGAAAUACAAACAGAGGCAAUUGAUUGUUUCAUCCGUCAACCUGGUAUGACGGAAUACAGUAUGCAUUGGUACUCGGCACAUGGUUGUGCAUCCUUUUAUGUUUCAAAGCAGAUCGCCAAAACUAGGAGGGCCUCAAAGAGAAGGCGAUAGAAGUUCAGAAUUGGGAUCAGAGAAAAGGUUUCUUUUUUGUUUAAUUAGCCUCUAUGAGACGGUUUGUUUAGGUGCCAAUAUUUAUCAUGCUCUUUUUAUGCAGCUACUGUUAACCACUUGUUUAUCCCUGCCACGUGGCUUGUAACCAUGAAUGUGCUUGAUAUUAUCUGCCAUGUUCUGUAA